AUGCCGCGUCUGCCCCUGAGCCCCACUGCCAGCCAGGACGAGCCGCAGAGCGCUUGUGCGCCCUCUGCGCUGUGGCCACCAACGCCCACGCCGAAGGCUGAGGCCUACGCGCUGCACAUCGACGGGAUAUGCCAGCCACUGCUUCUGAUCGCGCCCCACAAUGGCAGCGCGCCAGAUCAGGGAACUGCGCCCGUCCUGUUCGAGAUCGAGGGCCAGCAUACUGGCGUGCUGGCUGGGAAGAGCUCGCUCCUCGGCGGGCAGCGCAGUCAACCCGUCAGGGUGAAGAACACGUUCAUUGAUGUAUUCUCUGAUGACGAGGAGCACAGCGACGGCCCAGGUGUGGCGGCUUGCAAGAGCUGGUGCGUCGGCGCCACACGACAGGGUUACGCGUCUUGGCCUUGCGGCAGCACGUCGGAAGGCGCCCCAUGGCUGGGCCUCUCGGCGGAGCCGCCGAGCCCGCCCCCGAGCCCGCCGAGCCCAGCACGGAAGCCGCAAGCCUCCGCGGGGGCUGAUCUCCACGGCACUGGAAGGUGCAGGCCGUGCGGGUGGUUCUGGAACCAGAGGGGUGCGUCCACGGUGCGGGGUGUUGCCAUUGCCACAUGUGCCCAGAUGGCGAGCUGA